UACGCAGGGGCCGCGUUGCCCCCGGCCGGCGUAGACGCCCCCAUGCCGCCGUAUUCCAACCUUUUUGCCCCAAAUGCUGCACCGCCGUUCAACAACAGGCUGCGGUUUCCGCUGCAGCAGCAGCAGCAACAAGCCCUCCAACAGCCCCCAGCCUUUUGUCCACAAUGGGGAGUUCAGCCGCCGUCGCAGCCGCCAUUUAUGGGGCUUCCUCCGCCAUGCGCCACCCCGCCCAUGUUUAACCCUUCGGCCAUCAUGCGCAUGGACCAACAGCCUCAACAGAUAAAUGAACCCAAUUCCCAAUUUGUGAACCCGGCGCAGUUCCCAAACACGGCGCAGGGAGGCAUGCUGGGGCUGAGUAUGCAAGAGCUUGAGGUGCUGGCGCGGCUCAUUGUGCUUGCUCGGAAUGAGCAGCAACAGCAGCAGCAACAACAACAACAACAACAACAACAACAACAAUUAUUUUUCUCCCAGAAGCAGCCAGUCCAACAACCACAGUAUUGCUACUACCAAGGUGGAAAGCAGCCGGAUAUAGGAAACACGUGGAAUUCGUUGAAUACUUCGCCUGCGACACACUUUGGCGUGAAUCAACCCCCUGCUGGUACCCACGCACAGGACGCCGCUGCCGACGCCAAGCCCUCAGGGACCUUGGAAAACGACUUCAGGGUAGUGGCGAUGCCGGAGCGGCAACAGGGCACGCAUCCCCAAUAA